AAGGCUUGUUAGAGUACAUAAUGCUCAUGGCUUCCCACUUCACUACAUAUUCCAAAGUUUGGUUUCUCUUCCUUGCUAUUGCCUUAGGGGUAAAAUUGUCCAAGUGUGCAAAUAUUACCAUUAUAAACUAUUGUAAAGAGACAGUAUGGCCUGGAAUUACGCCUAAAAACAAUUUCAGUGGAGAUGGUUUUGAACUGAAACAAGGCCAAUCUGCCGUUUUUACCGCCCCGGCCGAGUGGAGUGGUCGUAUAUGGGGUCGAACCGGCUGCGACUUUGACAAGAACAAUAACGGUACGUGCCAAACCGGUAGAUGUGGAACCGGUAUAAAAUGUAACGAACCGGGUCAACCUCCAGCAUCAAUUGCCGAAUUUACCCUUGGAGAAACAGAUUUUUACGACGUUAGCCUUGUUGAUGGGUUCAACUUGCCCAUAGUAGUAAAACCUGUAAAUGGCAAAGGAAAUUGCAGUUCUACUGGUUGUGACAGUGAUCUUAGGCCAAAUUGCCCUUCUGAGCUAGCUCUUAAGCUGAACAACAAGACGAUUGCUUGCCGGAGCGCGUGUAACGUCUUCGACACCGAUGAAUAUUGCUGCCGGGGUGCAUUUAGUAGUCCGGUGUCAUGUUUGCCUACAAAUUAUUCAAGGAUUUUCAAAACAGCGUGUCCUGUGGCUUAUAGCUUUGCCUUUGAUGAUCCAACUAGUGUCAUCACUUGCUCUUCUACUGACUAUGUUGUGUCAUUUUGUUCUUCAAGGAACAAGACCCAGUGUACUAAUCAAGGCAAAAACGUAACAUGUAAUGGAGCAUAUGGACUGAAGUUACUCUUUCAAACAAUGCAUAUAUUGCUGGUUGGAUUGACAACAAUGAUUAGUCUUGGAGGGGUGAUGUUUUGACAGAAUCUUGAACAGAUUCUUAACUUUUUGACUAUCUGUUGGCAACUACAUUUACUUUUCUCAUUCGUUUUAAGGAUUUUGAUUGCUUUUCCUUGUAUUUUGAAAUUUUGUUCACAAUCUCGAGAGUAGUCUUCAAAAGUGUGAAAACAUCAAAAUUUGGCCAUUUA